UUCUUCCUAAAAUCUCAUAAAACCGCUAGCAGCACUGUCAUGAACAUAUUAUUCCGUUUUGGAGAAUUUCACAACUUGACAUUUGCUUUCCCAAGAGACAAUCAAUUUCAGUUUUAUUACCCAAGUUAUUUUUCUGCUAGGUUCGUAGAGCACUACUCAAAAGAAACCAUUGGACAGUUCCAGAUUAUGUGUCACCAUAUGAGGUUUUUGCUCACAGAGGUGGAAAAGGUAAUGCCCAGUGACACAUUUUACUUUACGAUCCUGCGAAACCCAGUUGAUGUUAUGGAAUCUUCCUUCUCUUAUUACAGACCAUUAAACACAUUCGGCAAAGCUGAGAACCUGGAAGAAUUUUUUAAAAACUCUGAAUUUAACCAUCACAAAGAAGAUAUUAGUAUGUAUGCCAAAAACUUAAUGACCUUUGACCUGGGGUUUGAUCAUAAUGGGAUAGAGAACAGUAAGCACUUUCAGUUAACCUGGCAGAUGGUAGAAACAACAUUUAACUUGGUGUUGAUUACUGAAUAUUUUGAUGAAUCAUUGAUUCUACUAAAGGAUGCUCUGUGUUGGUCUUUGGAUGAUGUGGUGGCAUUUCCACUUAACAUCAGAAGCAAUAGCAGUAAAGUGUCCUUGAGUUUUGAAACACAGCAGAAAAUUAAAAAAUGGAGCCAGUCUGACUGGCAACUUUACAACUACUUUAAUAAGACUUUCUGGAAUAAAGUAGAGAAAUUUGGAAGAGAGCGAAUGCAGCAUGAGGUAUUGGAGCUUAAGAGGAAAAGGACUUUGUUAGCUAAGACCUGUCUACUGGGUGAGGGCAUUGUGGACCCAGACAACCUGCAUGAUAAGUCAAUGAUGCCAUACCAGCCUGGGUUAGCAAAGAUCCUUGGUUACAACUUGAAACCAACACUGGGGAAAGCUGAACAACUUCUGUGCCAAAGAAUGAUAACCCCAGAGAUUCAAUAUACUGGACUAUUACACGCUAAACAGGAAACAAAAAACCCAGCACCCAAAGCCAUACCGAGUUAUAAUAAAACCAGAAUUAAACCAAAUCUUCAUAAAAAGCUAAACUGA